CAUUUUUAAAAAUGGUAUCAAAAUCCGCCGUGUUUUCAUAAAUACCUUUCUGGCAUAAAACAAUUAUAAAAAUGAUCUUUUCUAAAUUUGUUUUUAAUAAAAAAAAAAUGUGUGUGGUGGUAAUAAAACGUUUUACCACAAUAUAUUAGUAUUUUUCGGAACCUUAGUGCUAUUUUCGCUCUUUCCAGUCAAAAUGGAUUGAACGUCUAUCGCCGCCAAUGGCACUAAAAUAUGAGCAUUCACAGGCAGUCCGACCAGUUUAGAUGAAUUGGACGUCUAUUGUUGUCAAUGGCAGUGAAAUAUUUUUUAAAAAUGUUAAAUCUGUCUCCACCCGAUCCACGGUUGACACCGACGAUCAAAUCAAACGUACCAGAGAUUGACGCGAAACCGGCGGGGUUUAGGACCCAGCGGGCCACGCGGUACAAUAGCGCUGUUGUGCCGUGUUGGUGGGCCGACUGACUGCAAGUCUGAGAGAAGAAGCCCUCCAAAAAAACCUCAAUUUACCCCAUUACCAAACACAAAUACUUCUAAAUUUUGCCUAUAAAGUGUGUGUUUGACUCGGAAAGGGAUACGGAUGUGGUAAAGUGGACCUCCCAGCGCUUCUUCUUGAAGGGAUGAAAUUAAGUACUUGAGUGUCCGUCAGAGGAAGCCACUAGUAUGCUUUUCAACUGGAGAUUUAUGGAUCUGACAGGAUGAAGCGUCUCAGGACCUCCAGCAGCAGCGACACUUCUGACAAUGAGAGUCCCUCAACCUCCUUCUGCUCCAACAAAUAUGGCAGCAAACCAGGCACCCCUGCCGCUGACCCCAAGAAACCGGCUGAAGUGUUCCGAAAAGACCUGAUUAGCGCCAUGAAGUUGCCCGACUCGCACCACGUCCCACCGGAGGAAUACUACCUUCUCGCCGACAGCUGGAAACAAGAGUGGGAGAAAGGGGUUCAGGUUCUGGCCAGCCCGGACACCAUCCCGCGAGCGUCUGUCAGAAUCAUUGCGGAAAAGUCUAAAGAGAUUCUGUACGGGCACCAAAAGAAGUUCAUUCAGUGUACUGGGCAAGAGUCCACAGAACCAGGCUAUGUCAACAUCAAGGAGCUAGCAGAGGCCAUGUGUCGCUACGACCUAGACGACGUCGACAUCUACUGGCUGCGCACUCUCAACGCACAGCUGACAUGCAUGGGUGAGGACCCAGUGGACGAACUGACGAUGGAACGUGCCAUGGAGGCGCUGGAGGGCCAGUGCCACCACAACAUGAGGCACGCCAUCGAGACAGUGGAGGGUCUGGGCAUCGAGUACGACGAGGACGUGGUGUGCGACGUGUGCCGCUCGCCCGACAGCGAGGAAGGCAAUGAUAUGGUCUUCUGCGACAAGUGCAACAUCUGCGUGCACCAGGCCUGUUACGGGAUUGUCAAAGUGCCCGUCGGUAACUGGAUGUGCCGGACGUGCGUGCUCGGAAUCGACCCACAGUGUCUCCUGUGUCCCAAAAAGGGCGGGGCCAUGAAGGCGACUCGCGCUGGCACCAAGUGGGCGCAUGUCAGCUGCGCCCUGUGGAUCCCCGAGGUAAGCAUCGCUUGCCCCGAAAGAAUGGAACCCAUCACCAAAGUGUCCCACAUCCCACCGAGCCGCUGGUCGCUCAUCUGCAGCGUGUGCAAAAUCAAAACGGGCGCGUGCAUCCAGUGCUCAGUGAAAAACUGCACGACACCCUUCCACGUCACGUGCGCUUUCGAGCACAGCCUGGAAAUGAAGACCAUCCUGGACGAAGGCGACGAAGUCAAAUUCAAGUCGUACUGCCUCAAGCACAGCAAACCCAAAGCGGCAGGCGAGACCGGCCUGAGCCUUAGCCCGGCACGCGCCAAGCCGCCGCCCUCCGACUCUGCCAAGGUGGGCCUGCGGGCGCAGCGGCUGCAGGAGCUGGAGGAGGAGUUCUACGCGCUGGUGCGGCCAGAGGAGGUGUCUCGGGAGGCGGGACUCUCGCCACGCGUGCUGGACUUUGUCUACCAAUACUGGAAGCUGAAGAGGAAGAGUAACUUCAAUAAGGCCCUGCUGGCACCUAAAGAAGACGAGGAGAACCUGGUGCUGGAACCGCACCAGGACAGCAUCCACACGCGUAUGCGCAUGUUCAUGCAUCUUCGACAGGACCUAGAGAGGGUACGAAACUUGUGCUACAUGGUGAGUCGUCGCGAGAAGCUGAAGCUGCUGCAAAGCAAAGCCCAGGAGCAGAUGUUCAACCUGCAUGUCACCCUCAUCGGCCAAGAGAUCUCUGCCGGUGUGGCCAUUACCUCCCCGGUAGAGAGCGUCCUGUUCCGGCCUCCUCCCAGGAUCACGCUGAAGCUAAAGAUGCCCAAAGCCGCUAGCCUAACUAACUGCCACGCCGCGUCAAAAUCGGCAAACGGGCCUCUGUGCCCGGACAACAGCGGGAACUUGUCUGAGCGCUCUAUUGAAGGCUUGGGACAGGGCAAACCGCAGUUGCACGGGCACGCACGGCGGGAGGAACGUACCAACGGACGGGUGUCCGGAAAGCCCAAAACGGGGAAGCCGUUGGUGGGGAAGCCCGCGGCAGGGAAGCCCGCGGCAGGGAAGCCCGCAGCAGGGAAGCCCGCGGCAGGUAAGCCGAUGACCCUCCACUCGGCACUGCUCGGUCACUCGUCCAAUGGCAAAACGGAACAAGCGCGCACCUCCAAAAAUGGCCUCUUGGACAAACUCGUCGCGCAAAAAGACAGCUCGUGCCAGACGCCUGUAGAACCCGACGCGGCAAAGCAACCGCUGGAUAAAGGCGCUUUCGGCAUGGAGCAUUUCGGCCGCUCCUUCAAGGAGGCCACCAUGAACUUGGUACGGACCACCGAGGACAUGCGGGCCUCGGACAAGCUAACACGCAAGGACAAACUCUGGCCCAAGCCCGUGUCGGCAGCCGGCGCGCGAUUGUACCACGACAGUGACGGUUAUUGUCCCGACGUGGAGCUCAGCGACUCGGAAACCGAGGCCAAGGGAAGACACCGGCGCCCCCCGAAGGGUGGAGGCGGUCGGGGGCGCGGCAGGCCACCGGUUGGCACGGCGUCGCACCUCGUACGAAGGUGACGGCACACCCUCGACUUAGUUCCAUCGCACAAUUUUUUUAGUAAAUGGCUCCGCCCCCUUUCUCAACGUACAGUUUGGAUGUAGUGUUGUGUGACAUACACUCCAAGUAAGUACAACAUGAAAAUACAUGCAAGGACUACCUAUGACAUCAUACAUCAACGCACAAAUACUAAUUUGAAUGGUGAAAAUAAUAAUGAAAUAAUCGACACCACCUAAAAAAAAUGCAGUUUAUAAUUAGAAAAUGUCAAUAAACUGCUUUCUCAAGUCAUUUGCUGCCAUUGACGGUGAUCAAUGUUAAAUCCAUUUCAACUGGGAUGGCUGGCAUUGAAUGAUCAAGUGACAGUGCCACUGACGGCGAUAGAUGUCAAAUGUAUUUCGAUUGGGAGGGCUUUGCAACGAUCGUCAAAAGUGGGGAUGUCCUCAACACAUGUCUUUGCUCUACAGUUCGAGUCACCGGAUUUUGAAGAACUACCGAUAUCAAGUCCCAUUGUAAAAAAAAAAUCGCAUCCAAAUGUAAAAUAUUUUCAAGCUGCAGAGAUAAACAUUCUUGCUCGAUACUAUCUUAACGUUACUUCCUGUGACAUUCAGAAUACUUUUUUCUCCAUCACUUAAAAUUUUAAAUAUACAGUAAAUAUCUUAACAUGAUUUUUUUUUUACAGCCGAUUAUGAUCUUCUGAAAAAUAUGUGAUCAGCCCAGAUUCAAGGGGACAGAUUGGGGCCCGAUUUUUCGGUUCACACGGACGGAUCGGGGCCCCGACUUCCCGGUUCAAGCGGACGGAUCGGGGCCCCGACUUCCCGGUUCAAGCGGACUGAUCGGGGCCCCGACUUCCCGGUUCAAGCGGACCGAUCGGGGCCCGAUUUCUCGGGUCAAGCGGACGGAUCCGGCCCAGAUUUUGCGGGUCGCGUGUAUGAUCUGAUUUCCACUUGCAUGGAUGGAUCGGGGACCCCGGUUUUUCGGGGCCGAGCAGACGGAUCGGGGGGCCCAGUUUUUCGGGGUCGAGCGGAGGGAUCGGGGGGCCCCGGUUUUUCGGGGUCGAGCUGAGGGAUCGGGGGGCCCCGGUUUUUCGGGUUCGAGCGGAGGGAACGGGGGGCCCCGGUUUUUCGGGUUCGAGCGGAGGGAUUGGGGGGGCCCCGGUUUUUCGGGGUCGAGCGGAGGGAUCGGGGGCCCCGGUUUUUCGAGGUCGAGCGGAGGGAUCGGGGGGCCCCGGUUUUCGGGGUUGAGCGGAGGGAUCGGGGGGCCCCGGUUUUUCAGGGUCGAGCUGAGGGAUCGGGGGGCCCCGGUUUUUCGGGGUCGAGCUGAGGGAUCGGGGCCCCAAUUUCCCGGGUCGAGCGGACGGAUCGGGGCCCCGAUUUCUCGGGUCAAGCGGACGGAUCGGGGCCCCGAUUUCCCAGGUCACGCGUAUGACCUGAUUUCCACUUGCAUGGACUGAUCGGGGACCCCGGUUUUUCGGGGCCGAGCGGACAGAUCGGGGGCCCCGGUUUUUCGGGGUCUAGCGGAGGGAUCGGGGGGGCCCCGGUUUUUCGGGGUCGAGCGGACGGAUCGGGGGCCCCGGUUUCCAAUCACCUACUGUGAUCAAGCUCGAUUUCUGGUCACACAAAUGACCUGAUUUCCGGUCGCACUAUCGGAAUGGGGCCUGGUUUCCAGUUGCACGAUCAGAUCGGGGAGACAUCACUAGUCAAAAGGAUUGGAUGUCUCCCCCCCCCC